GAUAGAAGGACCAAGCCUCGAAGCGACGCCAACGACGCCAUUACGUCGGAUUGAACUUGGAAGAUGUGUUGUAGGCUGUGGAGCGGCUGUAUUUAAAGAAAUUUUAAGUGCAUUUUUAUAUAUUUUUUACCUCAAAGAUUAUACUUGUUAACUUAUACGCUUUAAUAUCUAAGUCUGUUGUAUUUUGGACGUUUGGAACAAGUUUAAGAACUGCCGGUGCCGUUGAGGAAAAUGGCAAAUGCUGAUGAGCAGUUCUCCCUUCGUUGGAACAACUUCCACUCGAACUUGUCAUCAGGCUUCCAUGCAUUUCUGCAAGGGGAGGACUUGGUUGACGUGACACUAGCAGCAGGGGGCAAGUUCCUGCAAGCGCACAAGUUGGUGCUCUCCGUCUGCAGCCCCUACUUCAAAGAGCUGUUUAAAGUGAAUCCCUGCAAGCACCCCAUCGUCAUCCUCAAAGAUGUGGGCCACAAGGAGCUGGAAGAUAUCCUGGAGUUCAUGUACCGAGGCGAAGUGAACGUUCGGCAGGAUGACUUGACAGAGUUCCUGAAGACUGCAGAGAUGCUGCAGGUCAAGGGCCUCACUGGAGACGAAUCCAACUCGGACCAGCAGGGCUCUUCCCAAGUGCCGCCACCUUCACCAGCACCAUUACAAAGCUCGGUGAAAGUAAAACCUCGGAAACCACAGCCUAAGGCCCCACCAGUGGACAGCAUGCCUCCCUCUCCGAUGACCGAUGAUAUGCCUACACGCUCGCCAGCUGCGGACUUAAACCCUCCACCCUUCAAGCGCAUGAAGCAAGAGUCCCAGUCACAGCCUUCGCCCCAGCAACAGUUCAAACAAGAGACACAAUCACAGCAACAGUACAAGACUCAGUCCCUGUCUAGCCCCUCUCCACGCCGCCUUCCUCCAGCGUCGCCCCUCUCCAUUGCGGAUGAUUCGAGUAGGGGGGUUGAGUUUGUGGAAGUGACCAAGCCAAAAAUGGAGCCUGUGGACAUUGAGUCAGAUGUUGAGGAGGUGGAUGCUGGCAUAGAUGAUAAGACUGAUUUCUCUGAUUUCUUUGGUGGCGAAAGCAGCCAGUCCCAUCAGGAUGCACCAGGAAUGGGUAUGCUGCCGGGUAUGUCAAUGUCUGGUAUGUCUCAGGAUAUGGGCAUGCCUCAAGAUGGAGGACAAGGGCCGGAGGCGGGCAAGGCCUGGUGCAAGGAGUGCGGCAAGGAGAUGCGGCAGUCGAGCCUGAGGCGCCACAUGAUGGACUGCCACUGGCCUAACGCGGGGGAGGUGUGCCCCUACUGCGGCAAGACUCUGCGCACCCGCAACAGCCUGCACAGCCACGUGUCCGUGUACCACCGCGAGCUCAAGAAGUCGCUGCCCGUCCUGCAGCUGUUCGGCGACGGCUCCGCGUGAGGGGAGCGAGUAGCCCUAGUCACGUUCCCUGCAGGACUCGCAGCGCAACUGUUUGUUUCACAGCCAGGAACACUUACGUUCUUCAUAUACAUAAAACUGUGUGAUUGUGAUUUUGUGGUAGGACUUACCAUCUCAUCAGAAUCGGGGUAGGUGAUGUGAUGAGAAUGCAGUCAGUGAUGAAACUAUAGGGGUGGGGGGGAUGAGAGCAGCUCUGGAAGACUCCCCAUGUCACGGCAAUGCCCGCCACAUUACCCUCUUGAAAAUAAAUCGUUGGUUCAACCCCUCUGGGAAUUGAACCCAGAUUGCCUCAGUGAUGGGAGGCAGGUGGGGGGCCAUUCAUCAUCAUUCCAAGUCAGAAAUACCACAGGUUGGUCACACACACUAAUUUUAAUUUGAGUCCAAUUCAGUCGAUGCAGGUUUCAUGAAUGGGUCAAAAGUUACUGCUAUGUUUCCCAGCCGGACAGGUAGUUUUAAAAUAUUUUUAAAAAAAUUCUUUCAUGGAUUCAGGACUGUUUGUAUUUGUCAGGUUUGUAAAUUUGCCUUCAUAAGUACUACGACAAACAACUGUAUAAUCAUUUCACUGAUUUGUCAUUGCCAUCGUAUUGUGUUCACAAGUGAAAUAAAUAAAAUAUUGUGGCAGGUUUGGGGUUUCAUAAUUAGUAAAUUCAUUUCAUGUAAGCUGAAUUUGUAUUAAAUAUGAACACAUAAACAUUAUUGUAAAUAUAAUUGGUGUAGUGAAUAUUUUAUAAAAAACCAUGCCAUAUUUAUGUAGCCCAAGGUGUUGUAUAUAAAACAUAUAGACCAUGCUUGUACCUAAUGUAUAAGAGCAUAUAGUCAAAUGAUGAACACUCGUUUCCUUGUAUGACUAUAAAUUUAUGAUUAAUUACUAUGAUACCAAUAUUCAAAAAGAACCAACUGGCUCAACAUUUCACACGAGAAUGUAAUUUUUGUGCUAAGUUCUAUAAAAUACUUCAGAUUUCAGUAUAACGUAGUUUGGCCAAAUUUAUUAGCAACUGGAAUAUUAAAACACUGAUAGGUGGUGGAUUAAGAAAAUUGUUUGGACAUACAUAAUUUCUGUUUAAACUGUGUGUCAUAAGAAACCUCAGUAAUAGACAAAAAAGAUAAAUGUGCAAAGAGUCUAUGUCAAACAUUAAAUGUAUAGACAGCACAGAUGAACACAGUGGCUGACAACGAGACAUUUGUGACAAGAACAGUAAAUAAAUACAACAAGACACCUUGGACAAUGCAACGACGACACAGAGAUGCACAAGUGAACCCAGCGAUGUGUCUAAACAGAUAUUCUGAACUACACAACGACAAAAGCACAAACACAGUAGGCUUCCGAAGCCAAAACUGUUGCAAUUUUUCGGGAACUGAAAUCUGUUCCCAUCCUUAGGCACAGACAGACUAAGAGGAGAUACUGGAAAAUGGUGGUUUAAUACCUUUGACCCCCUCUCCUGGCAUAGCCAAUGACAAGCGAGCAGUCCUAUGAUUGGCCGUGCACCUGAAAGCUGAUGUUAUUGGCUGAUGUGUUGCUGCGAGGAUAAUUUGUUUGCAAUUGUUUUUGUGGUAAAUUAGUUUAAGUUUUAAUGAAAGGCAUUCAUUUAUAUUUUAAUUCAAUACUUUAACUUAUAAUACUGAUAUUGCUGACACUAAAUGUAGAUUCUUGUAUUUUCCUUUUUGCUUUUUGUAUGAGUGGAGUAACAUUAUCCCUGAAUAUUUUAUGACUUUUGUCCCAAGCAUGUUUGACAAGUAUAGAUUUUCGAGUUUCGCCCUUCUUUAUAUUGCUUUUCUCCAAAGUAUGUGCAUAUUACAGGGAAUCUAAUAAACCAGUUCUGACAGUGAAACUUGUCUAGGGUUAGUUUUACCCGGGUGAUCAUGCUUUUAAUUGUUUAAUUUAACUUUAAAACUGUUCUUAGUCCGUUUGUUUCCCAAUUACCUUAUUAUUUUCAGAAAGGCCAUGGACAUGGGAAAUAACCGAUGUACCACUUAAUUUUUAGGCAGUUUUUUGUUGAAUGGUGGAGGACUCUUGGGUUGUCUGUGUUAUUUUAUGUUGUCCGGUGGGCAGCCAUUUGCUAGGAGUUCAUCGUUUAGGUUAGUUUGUUCCUCAGUAACUGAUUUCUUGUCAAAGCAAAUCACUUCAGCUCGGUUACUUACAGAAUGAAUAAUGCCUGUUUUGGUACUUGAUGGAUGGUUCAAAUUGAAGUGCCGAUAUUGGCCUGAAUGUGUCGGUUCUCUGUAUAUUGUAGUGGUGAUUUUUCAGUUUUAUUUGGAGAAAGGAAUAUCUAGGAAAGGAAGGCUCUCAUCGGUUUAUUCUUCAUUUCGUAACUUUUUAGAAGGCCUGAAUGAAUGACGGAAAUUUUAAAACUCCUCUAAGUUUUCAGGUCCAUGUUGCCAAACAAGAAAAGUUCUGUCAACAUAAUGAAGCUAGAUUAUAGUUAGAUGUUUUCUGCAUGUUUGUAUAUUCAUCUUUUUUUGUCCAUUAUUGAGGUUUCUUAUGGCAUAUACUGUAACCAACAAUGGCGUAUGUCUAAAUCCAAAAAAAAAAAAAAAUUAAUCUAUCUACCUCGUUGCAAGAAUCAUUCAAAGAAUUGGUUGCAAACUUAUAUUUGCUGACUUAUGAUGUUCUGCUAAGAAAUGUGAUCUGGUCGCUGAUCAAAUAGUGGUUACAAUUGAUUCACACCAUAAUAUUUGCUUAUUUUUCAUACCAAAAAAGAUGCCUUGUAUCAGGUACACCACUAAAAUUAUUAUGCCUACUGCCUCUAUGGAGGUGGAAUACAGGGGUAGCAGAAUGACUGAUGGGGUUGGGGUGACCGAGGUGAUUCGGGUGACUCGGAAAGGCCACCAGCUAGCCCGCGGAAAACACGAGGUGAACAUCCUCAGGGUCGUGAUGUCACUAGUGGCAUUGGUUUAGGCAGCGGUCGUUGUUUGACGAGAAGAUUCGGGUGGAGCCCCCGGGGCGCUGCUAACUAAGCAACAAAGACGCAAACAUAAGAGGGAUGUUUUUACCUAUCCCAGCCCGGCUCCAGAGGCGGUGGGGGCGAAAGCUUUUAUAUUUAUUUUGGAGUGUUUAUUUAUGUUAACUUAAAUACUAAAUCCAUGUGUAAAACUUUUCUUUCAUCAAAUAUUGCAUGAAACAAAUAACGUUAAGUAUCUGGACCAUGAAUUUGUCAAUAUUCCGAAAAACCAAUUUCUAACUUAUUUAACAACAUGUUUUGUAACUGCGUCCUUUCUUUGUACGGUAGCUCUUCCCGAGACGUUUCCUGGAGUCAACCUGUACCUAUCAUUAUGUCCAUGGGUCUCGCGGGCUUACCCAUGCAGCCAUCUCGGUCGAGAUUCGCAGUCACCGCGGAGGUCGACUAUGGCAGGGUUGACUAUCUACCUUGCAGCCCCUCAACUGUUCAUCGAUUCAUUGUUGCAUUGUGCCCGAGCGCAUUCCCUCGAUGGACACGCAUCAGCAGCAUGUGGCUGCACACUGAUUGGGGCGGUGGCGCGUCAUAAUGACCUUGGUCGACCGAGGGGACACAGAGGGUUGGCACCACUAAGUUAACACCUAUCUUAGUUACAUUUGCAUAAAUAAGUAUGUUGCGCUUACUUAAUUUUAAACUUCAAUGAAACCUGUCUACCUACAGUGACCAUUUGAAAUUACAUAUUCUGUCCCUUUGUUUUUUUUUUUUUUUACAUGCUGGUUUUAUGUGUGAAAGCUUUGAAAACAAAGGAGAAACAAUGGCAGGAAUAGUGCAGGACUUCUUGGGGUGAGAUAAUCUUGUAGUGAAAGAUAUCUUCGGAAACUAUUAUUUAAUGUCUUGUUAACAAUUAAAAAUAAGAAGUGGAAAUCAACUGACAGUGUGGAAUAAUUUGUAAAAUGGCUGAAUAACUUUGUUUUUUUGAUUAUCGUGUCAGUAAUUUGUGCAUUAUUAUUGUUUUGCUAUUGUAUUACUACCAUUCCUAUACAUUUCUUGUCUGUAAUUAACUGUUUGAUACUUUCUAGAAAAUAUUGUGACAAAUAUGUUGAUUAAAGAUGGC